AUGCCCGAGCAGAGUAACGACUACCGGGUGGUGGUGUUUGGCGCGGGGGGUGUGGGCAAGAGCUCCCUGGUGCUGCGCUUUGUGAAGGGCACCUUCCGUGACACGUACAUCCCCACCAUCGAGGACACGUACCGGCAGGUGAUCAGCUGCGACAAAAGCGUGUGCACGCUGCAGAUCACCGACACGACGGGCAGCCACCAGUUCCCGGCCAUGCAGCGCCUCUCCAUCUCCAAGGGCCACGCCUUCGUGCUGGUCUUCUCCAUCACCUCGCGCCAGUCGCUGGAGGAGCUGCGCCCCAUCUACCAGCAGAUCGUCCACAUCAAGGGCAGCGUGGAGAGCAUCCCCAUCAUGCUGGUCGGCAACAAGUGCGACGAGACCCAGCGCGAGGUGCCCACGCAGGAGGGGGAGGCCACCGCCAAGGAGUGGAAGUGCGCCUUCAUGGAGACCUCGGCCAAGAUGAACUACAACGUCAAGGAGCUCUUCCAGGAGCUGCUCAACCUGGAGAAGAAGCGCAACAUGAGCCUCAACAUCGACGGCAAGCGCUCCUCCAAGCAGAAGAGGACAGACAAACUCAAGGGCAAGUGCAGCCUGAUGUGAGGAGGCCACGCCCCCACACAAAGCCACGCCCCCACACCCGCCCCACCGCUUGGCUCUGCCUUCCCUGCUCCUCCUCCUCCUUGGUGGCGUCCUGGUGGCGCUAUGGGAACUGUGCUGCGUCCAGGUGCUUGGGGGGCUGGGCUAUAUCCUGGCAGCACUGUGGGCCCUGCACCACCUCUUCAUAGCGCUAUGGGGACUGGGCUACAUCCCGGCAGCGCUAUGUGAGCCGCGCUGCGUCCUAGCAGUGCUGUGGGCACCGUAGAGCCUCUUAACGGCACAAUCUGCUACGUCUGAGCUGCGCUGUGGGUGCUGCUGCAAUGCAUCUCUGCAGGGCUAUGGGAGCCGUGCGACAUCUUGGCAACCAUAUGGGACUGGGCUGCAUCCUCGCAGCAGCACUAUGGGCGCUGUAGGGCCUCUCAGCAGCGCGGCGGGAACCGUCCUAAAUCUUAGCAGCUCUGCGGUCUGUAGUUCGCCUAGUUCGCCUAAAUGGACACACCGGCCCUGCCUGCGGACGUAGCACUACAUCUCAGCAGGCCUUGGGGAGCUGUAUGACAUCCCGGCAACGCUGCGGGCACUGGGCGGCCUCUCGACAGCACCAUGGGAACUGCGCUGCCUCUCAACAAGGCACUGGAAACUGCAGGACACCUUAGCCGCUACGGGAGCUGCCCCUCCAACCCACUGGCUCCUCACAGGUGGGAGGCAAGGCGAGACUCGGCUUCCCUGCCCCGCCUCCCACUUGUUCCCCUUGAACACGAGGACUUUUAGGGGUGGGGGUCCCUCGGUGCUUGGCGCUGCCGCUCAGGAGGGCUUCUCCAACCAAGGCGGGGCUGCUGCAGCAAACUGGGGGGCCCCGCAAAACCAAGGAGGUUGCCCCCCAGACCCACCCA